AUGGAGGGCGGCGGGCGGCCCUCGGCGGCGCAGGCCGCGCUGCUGGCCGCCGGCGCCGCCAUCACGGCGCUGCUCUACUCCGCCUACCGGCACAAGGCCCGCGCCGCCCGCCGCCUCCAGGGCGCGCGGAAGCUGCGGCUGGACGCGGAGCUGCGCGAGGCGCUGCGGGAGGCGCCGGGCCGCUGCCUGCCCUACGCUGUCAUACAAGGCACCGUGCGCUCGGCCAAGGAGACGCUGAGCAGCCAGUUCGUGGAGGGCUGCCACGGAGUCGUGCAGCGGCUCACGCUGCAGGAGCACAAGAUGGUCUGGAACCGCACCACGCACCUCUGGAAUGACUGCGAGAAGAUCAUUCACCAGAGGACCAACACGGCCCCCUUUGACCUGGUGCCGCCCGAGGAYGGUGCAGAUGUCAGUGUGAGGGUGAUGAAGCCCCUGGAGGCAGCAGAGCUGAGCCUGGAGACGGUCUACGAGAAGUUCCACCCCUCCAUCCAGUCCUUCACCGACGUCAUCGGCCACUACAUCAGUGGGGAACGCCCCAAGGGCAUCCAGGAGACGGAGCAGAUGCUGAAGGUGGGGACCACACUGACUGGUGUGGGGGAGCUGAUCCUGGACAACAACACCAUCAAGCUGCAGCCCCCCAAGCAAGGCAUGCAGUACUACCUCAGCAGCCUGGAUUUCGACGAGUUGCUGCAGAAGCAGGAGUCCAGCGUGCGGCUCUGGAAAAUCCUCACCGUCGUUUUCGGCCUCGCCACUUGCGCUGUUCUCUUCUUCAUCCUGAGAAAGCAGUACCGGCACCGGCAGGAGAAGCGGCGCCUCAAGCAGAUGCAGGAUGAAUUCCGGCAGGCCCAGGAGCGGCUGGCGCGUGAGGGCAGUGCGGAGGGUGGCGAGACGCUCAAAAACGCUUGCGCUGUCUGCUUGAGCAACACCAAGGCUUGCGUCUUCCUGGAGUGUGGCCACGUUUGCUCGUGUAACGAGUGCUACCAAGCUCUGCCAGAGCCCAAGAAGUGCCCCAUUUGCAGACAGAGCAUCUCGAGGGUGGUGCCCUUGUACAACAGUUAAUUUGGGGGGACUUUGUGGGGGGCUUUUUGCAUUGCCGUUCUCUGUCUGCAGGGGGGUUUCUUCAGCUCCUGCUUUGGGCAGCCUUCCUGUUUGCAUGAUUUCUUUUGCUGGGAUUGAUGCUGGGGAAGGAGAGGGGAGCCAAGCGGCUAUGGGUGCCUUAAUAAGAAUGCAGAGCGCAGUCACAAAAGGAUUAGAUGAGCACUUAGGGCUUGCAUUAUGCUCCAGAAGUUUUUAAGGCAGAUCUGAGCAAGCAGGUCUCAAAAAGAACGCCCUGGUUAAGUAAGUAAAUGAAUUUUCUUAUUUUUCCUUUGGGUUUCAAGCUACUGCAUUUGUCCUGGUUGGGCUCCCCACAUCUGUUCAUGUUUUGGCAAAAUAACCUGGGCUAGAAAGAAGUAGGGUGAAAAGCCCAUGUGGCUGCUUAGAGGCUGCAGGAUUUGGGCAACACUGCCCUCUAGCUCCCAGGACUUCCCUCUAGCAGGGUGGUCAUUAAAGGAAUUUAUAGCAAUUUGUAUAAACAUAAGUGCUUUUUUGUGUGAAAAAACAUGGUUGAUUCAAACAGAGUGGAAUCUCUGUAGCCUCCUCCUCCUCCUCCUCAGUCUCUUACUGUUCUCACAAGAAAAGCUUUUCUUCACUUCCUUCUGCGGCAUUCAAAUAAAUAAAAAACAAUCCGAUUUUGAUGCACAAGGAGAAAUGGGAAGAGAAAAUGCUACGGUUGGUUUCAGCAUCCAGGCUUGAGACAGGAUAUAAAACACACCUACGUUAAGAAAAAUGCGYUGGUCUUGGGUUAUUAAAUCUAGGUAGCCCCUAAGGUGGCAAUAGGAGYAGAACAAGUUUUUUCCCCACAUUCUGUCUUACUUACUCCGUAAGGUUUGGCAGCAUUCCUUGUUUUGGGAAAGGAGCCUCACUGUCAUUGGAAGCAGCUCCUGUCCCUGCUGCGCUGGACUGGGCGCCUUUCCCUACUUUUCUUUGCUCCCAAGAAGAGAGCAGAUUAGCCAGGCAGGAUCAGGAUACUUCCAAA